CAGCACAGAGAAAUAUGAAGCGUUCAGCAGCUUCUGCGGUUGCUCAGAAAGCAUCAGCUGAUGAUGCACUCCGUAAACAAGAUGCCUUGACAUAUCUCAGGGAACUGAAAGAAAGACUGAAGGACAGGAAGGACACCUACGACGAAUUUCUUGAGAUCAUGAAAGAAUUCAAGUCACAGAGAAUCGAUACCGAAGGCGUAAUAAAACGCGUCAAAACAAUUUUCAAGGGACACAGAGAUCUAAUUCUUGGUUUCAACCAGUUUUUGCCAAAGGUACGUGAAAUCUACUGCCCGGAAAAUUCCAUCUACGCCUUCUCUGAGGGACACGAGAUCCGUAUCGAAGAUGUAGAACGUGAGGAACGCGAGGAAGUGGAGCGUGUUAAGGCUGAAACUAAUGGUACUCAAUCUGCCAGACCUCAAGUUGAAUUUGUCCAUGCAAUAAGCUAUGUUAACAAGAUAAAGACCCGUUUUGCUAACGAUGAGCGUGUUUACAAAGCUUUUCUUGAGAUCUUGAAUAUGUACCGCAAGAACUUGAAAAGUAUCAGUCAGGUGUAUGACGAGGUUGCAGCCUUAUUUAAAUCUCACACUGAUUUGCUGGAGGAAUUCACGUACUUUCUCCCUGAUGUUGACAAUCCCGCUGCCAGAAAGAAAACAGGGUUAACUAAAGGGUUUCGAGGCAAAGGAGGCCAACAAGGCACGCUUAAGAAAAAAGUCAAAGGCGAGCAAAACGAGAAUUCCUUUGAUGCCCCAUUCGGAUCCGGAAUAGACCGAUACAACACGGCCGCGUCACUUGCGAAGGAACUAGCUUUCUUCGAAAAAGUGAAAACACGUCUGCGAAGCCGUGAAUCAUACGGUGAGCUUAUAAAAUGCUUAAAUAUUUUUAACUCCGAGGUGAUUUCCAAGAUGGAACUGGAAGCACUAGUCUGGGACAUCCUGGGCUCUUACCCUGAUCUUCAUUCUGGCUUCAAUGAUUUCUUGACAAGAUGCGAAAGCACAGAUUUUGACCUGAGUGAGAGUGUCAGGGGUAAGGAUGGCAAGCUGGGCAAUUCGAAAGAUACGCAGAAGAUCAGUGCAAGGGAAAAAUUUCUUUUGCGUCCGAUCUCUGAGCUUGACCUUUCUGCUUGUGAGCGAUGUGGGCCAUCAUAUCGUCUUUUGCCCAAGAAUUUUCCGAAGGCUUCUGCAUCUGCUCGCAGUCCUCUCUGCCAAGAACAUUUAAAUGAUAAUUGGGUCAGUGUCACAUCGGGUUCUGAGGACUACAGUUUCAAGGCCAUGCGUAAAAACCAGUAUGAAGAGGCACUUUUCCGAUGCGAGGAUGAUAGAUUCGAACUUGACAUGGUCUUGGAAACUACGGAAGUGACUGUGGAUGCACUUCAAGCCAUCUUUGAAAAAAUUAAUCGCAUGACUGCUGAGGAAGCGUCCCACUACCGCAUACCAGAGGGGUUCUUGACGCCAAUUCACCUUCGUACCAUUGAGCGUGUCUACGGCAUCGGCACCGACCACGGACAAGACAUUCGUCGAAUGAUUCUUGACUAUCCCGUGGUCACUAUCCCUAUGGUGUUGAGUCGUUUGAAGCAGAAGGAUUUGGAAUGGAGAAAAGUUAAGGAAGAGGUGACCCCUAUUUGGGUUGACGUGUAUGAGAAGAACUAUAACAAAUCUCUGGACCACCGUUCCUUCUAUUUUAAACAAACUGACAAGAAGGCUCUCAGCGUCAAGGGCAUGACGAAUGAAAUUAAGGAGGUUAGUGAUAAACGGAAAAAUAGCGAUGAUCAUGGCAACAUUAGAGAGCUGAGAGGCCACGCUCUGUCUCCUGAUCUUACUUUUCACUAUGCUGACCGCAAAGUCCACGACGAUAUUUACGCCGUGCUCAAGUUCAGCACGAAUGAGAUGAUGAGCACUGAACAUGCGGAUCGAAUCAUGAAAAUGUGGCGCGAUUUCAUUGAACCUUUUUUCGGAAUAAAUCGUGUCGAUGGAGAGUACUUUGAUGACUCAGCUGAGCAAGCUUCAAUAUUUGUUAGCAAAUUUAAUGGAGAGGAUGUCGAGUGCAGCGAGGAGAAUGACCAGGCUGAGGAAGAGAAUCCCGAAAACGUUACGAACCACACUGGAUUAAAUGAGAUAUUGUCUAAUUUCCCCGAUGUAGAUGCUGAUGUCAAGCCAGGGGAUCCGCAGUUUGUCGUUUUUGCAAAAGAGGCAGAAUUUCAAAUUCUAAGUGAUGACCGUACAGGGGAGCGAGACUUGUCUGACCGCACUCUCAGCAAAGACAUGCCAGUCGCACAGGACAUUUCCGAGGCUGGCGAUGGGUUUGAAAUGAGCAAUGAUGGAGAGGAACGGAUAUAUGCUGCAUGCAAGCCGCUCGCUUGCAGCGCACAAGUCACAAGUGCAGAGUCUGUUGGCAGUGACACAUAUGUUGACUCUUUUGCUAAGCUAAGCGACAGAUUAUUUUACGGGCACGAUGGCUACUAUAUGUUAUUCAGAUUGCACCAGCAUCUCUAUGAUCGCCUCUCCACUGCCCGCGCAUCUGCUGUGAGCAUGUCCACACACUUUGGGCAGAAAGUUGGCCCUGAAGAGGAGCGUGCUGCCAAAGAGCGUGAAAUCCAUGAUGACUUCCUGCGCCUGUUAUUUAAGCUGCUGAAUGGUACAGCCGACGCUUCGAAUUUCGAAGAUGACUGCCGCACUCUCCUUGGUGCGAACUCCUAUGUCUUAUUUACCCUUGAUAAACUUGUAUACAAGAUAGUCAAGCAGGUCCAAAAUCUCUUCACUGAUGAGAUGGCUUCAAAGCUUCUCGAUUUAUCUGAAUAUGAAAGUGCGCGGAGCACUCCGUUUAUCGAAGCUAUCUACCAUGCUAACGCCAGUGUACUGUUGCUUGAUGAAGCGUGUUUCCGUAUCGGCUCAUCGAAAGAUGGGGAAGUACUCACCAUUAAAUUAAUGGAAUUCGGCUUGGAAAAGGCAGAAGUUCCAGCAGGGACGAUGGAAGCACACUUCCACGAGUAUCUCGAAGACUUCUUGCAGACUAUCGUGGUUGCCGGAGAGGAUCGCACGGAACAACCAGAUAUAUUUCUUGCACGAAGUAAAGUAGCAGCAGGACACGAUUUGGAUGGCCACACUUCCCAUGGUCCUGCGAAAGAACGUCCAUAUCGAGUCAGUGUGUUCAAUUCGCUGGAGUGCAAAAUCGCCUGUAACAACUCUAAAGUAUCGUACGUCCUUGACACUGAGGAUAUAUUCCAUCGUAAAAGGCUUGAUCGCGUUGGGAAGUUCAUUUGCACAAAAGUAAAACAUGCUACAUUGGCAAAAUCGGAGUUGUCACGCCGGAAGUUCCGUAUGUGGCUUGCAAGGAAAGAAAGCUUAUUGCCAAGAGCCAAGAGUGCUUUAGGCACGACCAAUUUGGACGUUUCCGACCGUGUUCUGGAUUGCUCAAAAAGAACCCCGACGGAAAGAGCUGUUCAAGCCACUACUGCUGGCGCUGCAGCGGAUCUUAAAGAGGCAGAGACUGUCUCGGCUUUCGAAACUAUUCAAGAGGAAAUACUUGGAGACAGGGAGGGAGGUGAAGAUAAACUUCCUAGGGGUGUUCAGCAUGCAAACGAAACGAACUACGACGAAAGUCCAAAGGAUGCAUUUAUAGAUUCGAAAGAUUCACUUGCUAAAAUGUAGAAGAGAUUCCUGGUCGUUCCAGUUGAAUGAUAAUUUAUAUUUUGGGAGGACCGGGGUAACGUUUGACAUCCCAGAAGACAAAGAGACGAGAGAAAUUUGAAUUUUGACCGGAGUUUUAUCUGUGUUCUGUUAUUUUCAACCCACAACAUAUCAUAGCAGAUAUCUGUAACUCACUUAAUAUCAAAGUGAACCUUAAUUCUA